GGCCGGGCCUUCGGUCGCGGGGCGGCAGGUGCGGGCUGGCCCGGCUGCGCCGAGGAACGCCGAAGAGGCGGUGACAGCGCGAGGCCUGCGGCGAGGCGACGCGGCGUGGACGGCGGCGAUGCUGGAGACCCUGCGCGAGCGGCUGCUGAGCGUGCAGCAGGAUUUCACCUCCGGGCUGAAGACUUUAAGUGACAAGUCCAGAGAAGUGAAAGUCAAAAGCAAACCCAGGACUGUUUCAUACUUGCCAAAGCACUCUGCUGGACUAGAAUUACUUAGCAGGUAUGAAGAUACUUGGGCUGCACUUCACAGAAGAGCCAAAGAGUGUGCCAGCGCUGGAGAGCUGGUGGACAGCGAGGUGGUCAUGCUCUCUGUGCACUGGGAGAAGAAGAAGACCAGCCUGAUGGAGUUGCAAGAGCAGCUGCAGCAGCUUCCGGGGUUAAUAGCAGACUUGGAAUCCAUGACAGCAAGUCUGGGUCGCUAUCGCUGUGUGGCAUACAGAAUGACCUCUUUUUCACCUCCUACUGAUGAGAGCAAGCAGAUCCAUUUAAAUGAAGCUCAUCUAGAGGCCAGCUUUGAGGAGGUAGAAAAUCACUUGCUCCACCUGGAGGACUUGUGCGGGCAGUGCGAGCUAGAAAGGUGCAGACAUGCCCAUUCCCAGCAGCUGGAGGACUACAAGAAAAGAAAGAGGAAGGAGCUUGAAGCCUUCAAAGCCGAGCUGGAUGUGGAACACGCGCAGAAGGUGUUGGACAUGGAGCACGCUCAGCAGAUGAAGCUGAAGGAACGGCAGAAGUUUUUUGAGGAGGCCUUCCAGCAGGACAUGGAGCAGUACCUGACCACAGGCUACCUGCAGAUCGCGGAGAGGCGAGAGCCUAUGGGCAGCAUGUCGUCCAUGGAGGUGAACGUGGACAUGCUGGAGCAGAUGGACCUCAUGGACAUCUCCGACCAGGAAGCCCUGGAUGUCUUCCUGAACUCAGGUGGCGAGGAGAACACUGUGCCGUCCCCUGGUUUAGGCUCUGAAUUGGAAACCUGUCAGAAUGAAAUCACCCUUCAGGUUCCAAACCCCACAGAAUUACCUCCCAAGCCACCUUCCUCCCAGUCUGCCUGCAGUGACACUGCCCCCCAAGAUGCUGAGAGUGGGGACGGCCCGCAGGUGCAGGCAGAUGAGGAGGAGGUGCAGGCAGACACUGCUCUCACUACCUUGCACACUGACAGCAAGGCUGCUUCAGACAUCAGCGGGGACAGCGACUCAAGCCAGGAUGUUUGAGUGGAGCAGCCUGGGUUGACAGUUGCCGGUGACGUGUGAGAGCAGCAGUGUGAGAGAUGAGUGUACAAUAAAGUUUGAGGACUCUGCACCCAGAGUAUGUAGCUGCUUUGUACAGGGCCUGCUGCUCAGCCCCAUCGUGCACUGGGGAGGGGGCCCCACACGGCAGCUGCGGAAGACAGCGUGAACAUGCUGCCCCCUGCAGGGGAAGCCUGGCUUCAGCAGCCCAGGGACCCCGGGGCGCGCCUGCUGGAGCGCAGCUGUAGUGAGCAGCCCUGCCCUUGGUGGACGCCCAGCCCCAGCCCCUGCCAUCCACUCAUCUUCCAUCAGACAGACAAAUGUCCAAAAAACAUUGUUUUUAUUAUUAAACCUUGUAGUACAAACCUGAAAAGUAAACAAAAAACUGGCAAUAAACCACAUGAAGUCUUCCCUCUCAAGGGAGGGGUGCAGAGCAGCGCUAAUAAAUUAAAUGUCAAACUGUAAGCCAUAGGCGGAAGUUUACUGUCAAAAGAGGGAAAGUACACAGCAAGGCCAUAAAAACCGGACAACCACAUUGGAAAACACUUGACUGUUUAUGUAAUUGUUAAAUAUUCCAAAACAGUUCAGUCUUCUGCAACAACAACCAACAAAGUGGAUCCUAGGACGUUCCUGGCCGUCACCACCGGCAAGCUCAGUGCAACAUGGGUAGCUACGGGGUCGAUGAAUCCAAUUAUGAAACAAAGAACAACUUGUGAAAACAAUUUCCCUUUUUUAUUCCACACAUACUGUACACACAACCGGAGAAGGGCAACAGCUACUCCAUUAUGAUUUUGUCGUCGUUGUUCAGUGAUGUAAGCAGCACUUAUAAAUGUUACAAGAAAACCCUGUAAGCAUCCGAUCCGCCAAUGAAGAAACUGAAGUGUAAGGCUUUUCUUCAUCUGUCUGUCACCUCCCCUCCCCUCCGAGAAAGGCUCAAGUAUUUAAAACAAUUUACAGGCGUAUGUACAAAAGGGAUGGGAUAUUUUUUCUUUUUUCUUUUUGUUACAACAUGGACAGAAAAAAUAGAUAAGAUGAGCGCAAAUGCAUUUCACAUUCAAAAAGAACUGCAGACCUAGUGGCUCUAAAUGUGAUCAUAAACAAAACAAGUUCUAAAAAAAGAUUAAUGCUGACUUUGUGAAGGUGUGAAACAGUGAGAUGAAGAUGGAAUGUUAGAAAGAUUGCACGUUGACGACAAAGAAGCACUUGUGGCUUCGAUCAAUUUUUUUUUUCCCUUAAGGAUGCUAUUGAAGGGUUUUUUGAUAAAGUAGCCAACAGCACCAAAAAAUAACAGAAUGGAUUUCCUAAUGAAAUCAGGCACAGGUCUCCGUCAGUGACCCUCCAGGCAGGCGGGCUGUCUCCAUCCUCCGAUGCAUAGCGAUUCAGCUGGUGAGGAGAACCUGCUCGCGCCGACCUCCGCCUUCAGCUGCCAUAACCGCCCGCGACGGCAGCGGGCCUCUCCGGUUUGAAAAUACGAACUCAUCUCGCACAUGACAGAAGGAAAGACAGCCAAAGUAAAGCCAUUUCUUUUCAAGUUUU